AGAAUACCGGAUACUACUUCAUAUGCGGUUUCCCAUUCUGGUUUUAAUUCACCUACGUUUAUCAUUAUGUUGGCCGUCACUGGAGCACGAAGCCUCUACCGAACUAAAACUGGACCUACUGGAGGCAUGUUAUAACUCUACUGUGCCUGUCUGUGACCCCCAAAACGUGUUGAGCGCAAGUGAACGUCAGAGAUUACAGAUCAACCUAUCUAGCGUUGGUUCCCGUACAAUAUGCCUCUGUUCCACAAAGUGCACUUCAAAUGGAGAAGGCGCAUCAAAAAGGCUGGUUAUCGGGACGGUUUUCUUGAAGUCUUUGCUGCCCCAACACGUUUCAGGCAUUGAAUUGGCAGAAGAAAUCAGAUCCCGAUGGUCAUUGGGUUCCUGCCCCGGAAAUGAUGUUAUUAUGCUUGUCUCCGAGGCGAAGAUUUUUUUAGCUUACGGUCCAUUGGUCAGCCAGAAACUCGUACCGACCUGCAUGAAAAGUCUACCCACGACAUACGAGGUGAGAGGCGAUGCAGAAAGGCUCAUCCGUCGGUUGAUCUACACACUAAAAACCUUUUUCGUCCAUUCCUGCAUAUGCGGCAAUUGUGAAACGCCACAGCUUUGGUUCAAAAUUGUAGCCAUGCUGUUGGCCUGCAUGUCCUUGCUCAUGUGGCUUAGUCUGUUUGGUCGCCGAGCCUAUCUUCGUCGGACAACUUUAUUUACGGCACGCGGGCGUUACUCUUUGUCCAAUGUAAAUAGCGGCUACGCAGACCGAACCUCACUUUUCCCAGCCCCCUCUCGAUUGUUCCAUCCGCAUCAGCUACCGCCACAGCUGCUAACCACAUCAAGAGCAACACGGAUCGGGGGGCUAAGUCGUCCUCAUCAGGAUUCGACCGAACGCAUUCCACCACCAGUCAGAGGUCGUGAAAGCCCACCGCCACCGUCAUAUUCCAGCAUCGUUAAGCCUUGUUCUCUUGAUGCGGAGCCAGUCCAUCAUGAAGUACCCAAACUGGUGGUUCCGGAGACACCGAGUGAAACUGGUCCGACUCGAACAGUUACUGAGCCUCCAUCAUACACUGAAGUUUUAGAAUUCUCACGCCAGCCUAUGCGUACGGUUGUGUGGCACCAUCAAACUCACCCGUUUGCUGGACACACGGUACAUCAUGAACUCCGCAACGGCUUUACAAAGUACCGGAAAAGCAAUCGUCGUUCAUCAGAACGAUCCUAG